AUGGAGAGUUUGAUUUCUCUUGUGAAUAAGAUACAGAGAGCUUGUACGGCUCUGGGAGAUCACGGCGAGGGAAGCUCCCUCCCGACUCUCUGGGACUCAUUGCCCGCCAUUGCCGUCGUCGGCGGUCAGAGUUCUGGAAAGUCUUCAGUGCUAGAGAGCGUUGUGGGGAAAGAUUUUUUACCUCGUGGAGCAGGGAUUGUUACACGUAGACCACUUGUCCUGCAGCUUCACAGAAUUGAUGAAGGCAAAGAGUAUGCAGAGUUUAUGCAUCUUCCUAAGAAAAAGUUCACUGAUUUUGCUGCUGUGAGGAAAGAGAUCUCAGAUGAGACUGAUCGUGAAACUGGUCCCAGCAGCAAAGUUAUAUCUACGGUCCCAAUUCAUCUCAGCAUCUUCUCCCCUAAUGUUGUGAAUUUGACACUGGUUGAUCUUCCUGGGCUUACAAAGGUAGCUGUUGAUGGUCAGCCUGAAAGCAUUGUUCAAGACAUCGAGAACAUGGUCAGAUCAUUUAUUGAGAAGCCCAAUUGCAUCAUUCUAGCUAUUUCCCCUGCAAAUCAAGAUCUCGCUACGUCUGAUGCCAUUAAGAUCUCUCGUGAAGUUGAUCCAAAAGGAGACAGGACUUUUGGAGUUUUAACAAAAAUUGAUCUCAUGGACCAGGGAACUAAUGCGGUUGACAUACUUGAAGGAAGGGGAUACAAACUAAGGUAUCCUUGGGUUGGUGUUGUCAACCGGUCUCAAGCUGACAUCAAUAAAAGUGUUGAUAUGAUUGCUGCUCGUCGGCGUGAACGAGAUUAUUUCAAGAGCACCCCAGAGUACAGUCAUUUAACUGAAAGAAUGGGUUCAGAAUAUUUAGGAAAGAUGCUUUCCAAGCAUUUGGAAGUUGUUAUCAAGUCGAGAAUUCCAGGACUUCAGUCUCUUAUCACAAAGACUAUCUCCGAGUUAGAGACAGAGCUUAGCCGUCUUGGCAAACCUGUAGCAGCUGAUGCUGGUGGAAAGCUGUAUAUGAUCAUGGAGAUAUGUCGUGCUUUUGAUCAAACAUUCAAAGAACAUCUUGACGGCACACGAUCAGGUGGUGAAAAGGUAAACUCUGUUUUCGACAAUCAGUUCCCAGCUGCCAUUAAAAGACUGCAAUUCGACAAGCAUCUCUCCAUGGACAAUGUACGUAAACUGAUCACCGAAGCAGAUGGAUAUCAACCGCAUCUCAUAGCUCCUGAACAAGGUUACCGUCGUCUCAUAGAAUCAUGCUUAGUCUCCAUCAGAGGCCCAGCUGAAGCAGCUGUUGACGCGGUCCAUUCCAUACUCAAGGAUCUUAUCCACAAAUCCAUCAGCGAAACUUCUGAGCUGAAGCAAUAUCCAACACUGCGAGUGGAAGUAUCAGGAGCAGCGGUGGAUUCACUGGAUCGAAUGAGAGACGAGAGCAGGAAAGCAACUCUGUUACUAGUGGACAUGGAGUCUGGUUACUUAACAGUCGAGUUUUUCAGGAAACUCCCACAAGAUUCUGAGAAAGGAGGGAAUCCAACACAUUCGAUAUUCGACAGGUACAACGAUGCUUACCUCAGAAGAAUCGGUUCAAAUGUUCUGUCUUACGUGAACAUGGUCUGCGCUGGAUUGAGAAACUCUAUUCCAAAAUCCAUCGUUUACUGUCAAGUCCGUGAAGCGAAACGAAGCCUUCUUGAUAUCUUCUUCACUGAACUUGGCCAGAAAGAGAUGAGUAAGCUGUCGAAGUUGUUGGAUGAGGAUCCUGCGGUUCAGCAGAGAAGGACUUCGAUUGCAAAGAGGCUGGAACUGUACCGAAGUGCCCAGACAGAUAUUGAAGCAGUUGCUUGGUCCAAGUAGAGAGAGUGUUUUCUUUAUGACACGUUCUUUUGUCUCUCUUUUCUCAUUGUUUUCUUUUAUUCGUUGUUCGAGUUAACAUUGUUUUUUGAAUAAGUUUUGUAAGACGAUAGACAAAAUUCUUUUUG